AUGCUCAUCCUUCUUCCCCUCCGUCUGGCGCUGUUGGGUCUCAGCCUGGCCCCGGUGAUCUCCGCUCACCCCACGGGGUCGGCCACACCCCAGGAUGUGCCCCGGGGCCUCCUCCCCCAAGACCCCAGCGAGGACCCCUUCUACCAGCCCCCGGGCGGGUUCGAAGCCGAACCGCCCGGCACCGUCCUGCGGAGCCGCCGCAUCGUCGCCUCCUUCUUCGGCCUCCUCCCCAACCUCAUUGAGGCCCACCAGUUGCUUUACCGCACCACCGCCAUCGACGGCUCGGCCAUCAGCACCGUGACGACCGUCUUCAAGCCGCUCAACUCCAAGCCGGACCGCUUCAUCUCCUUCCACACCGCCUAUGACUCGUCCGCCGUCAGCUGCCAGCCCAGCUACCAGUACCAGCUGGGGUCGCCGCAGACCGACCUGAUCCUCUCGCUCGAGAUGCUCGUCAUCCAGAUCUACCUGCUGCUAGGCUACGUCGUCGCCUCGCCCGACUACGAGGGCCCCGACGCCGCCUUUGGGCCCGGCCGCCUCGAGGGCACCGGCGUGCUGGACGGGAUCCGCGCCGUCGGCCACCACCACGCCGCGCUGGGCCUCGACAGCGCCACGCCCCCCGUUGUCGGCGUCGGUUACUCCGGCGGUGCCAUCGCCACCGGCUGGGCCGCCGGCCUGCAGCCCACCUACGCGCCCGAGCUGGACAUCCGCGGCUGGGUCGCCGGCGGCACGCCCGCCAACCUGACCGGCACGCUGGUCUUCAUCGACGGCACGGCCUUCAGCGGCUUCAUCCCCUCGGCGAUCGUCGGGCUGAAUCAACCAAGCGCCUAUGGGGCGCGGCUCCAGCCCGUCCUCGACGACAUCGUCACCGACGCGGGGCGCUCCAUCCUCGAAACGACAUCGACGCAGUGUGCCCCAGCCGCGCUCGUCUCCUUCUUCGGCCGGUCGCUCUUCGACCCGGCCAUUCAGACGAUGGGCCGGGGAAUCCUGCACGAGCCGACCGUGGCAGACAUUCUCAAGGCAAACACGAUGGGCGCCAACAGCUCGGAGACGCCCACGGCGCCAGUCUUCCUCUACCACGCGACAGAUGACGAGAUCAUCCCGUACGCGAACGCGACGACGCUGCGGGACGCGUGGUGCUCGGAUGGGGCGGACGUCCACUUCACGACGUUCGCUAGCGGUGGGCAUGCUACGACCGAGGUGAUCGGGUUGCCGCGGGUGAUCAAGUUCGUGGAGGCGGCAUUUGAGGGGAAAACGGCGAAGGGGUGCGCGAUGGAUGAGGAGCUGUCGGAUCAGCUGGAGCCGUUGGCGCUGGGGGUCAGUCUGGAGCCAAUUUUGGUGAAGCUGCUGCAUGCGUUGAUGUUGGCGGGGAAGAAGGAUGGGAAGUUGCGGCAGGAUGUGAAGGUCUGGGGCGAAAUCUUCUGAUGGUGUUGAUGGUCGACGGUAAUUACGGACACGAUGAUGGUUAACGAAGACGAUGCUUUCAAGCGUUCAUUAUGGUCUUUUCUUUCCCAGUGGAAGCAAGACUACAUUGCAUGAUGUUACGUACAACCUGUUUUACACAUAUUUAUUAGACUUCAACGACUAACCAGACUCGAG